AAAGACGCGGUGACAGGCGGCGGGAGGCGGCACACGGAGCGGACCAACCUGCAGUCCGGACUCGCGGUCCAGACCCGGACUGAGAGACCUGGCCGGACCCGUCCGGACUCACCCAGACCCGGCUGGACUUUUUGAUUCCGCAGCAGGAAACAGCGGCAGCAGGAGGACCGGGACAGCCGGAGAUGAUGGCCCAGAGUCCCCGAUGGAAGAGGCGCAAGCAGCUCAACCCCCGCAGAAAGAGCGUUCUGAACUAUGACAGUGUUCUGGAGACAACCUCAGAGACAGAUGAGGACGACCAGACGCUUCUCCGUGAUGACAGCAGCUUCACCGGAGGAGCAGGAGACGAUGAAGAGGCGGGUAGUCCAGUUGGUGUCCCCGCCCUGGAGGCGUCGCCCAGGGUCGGCCACGCCCUGCUGUCCAACCGGGAGCCGGACGACUCGGAGCACCGGGGGGAGGACGAAUGUAUCGAUGAUCGCAGCAGUGAGUACGAUGCUGUGGGACCUGAGGCCUCUCUGCAGGCGGUGGAAGACGGUCCAGGGAGGCGACUGGACGGCAUCUCUGGGCUGGAUGAGUUCUUCCUGAAACGUAAGCUGGAGGAUGACGAUGGUCACCACACAACCAUCGCUGAGUACCUGCAGCGCAGCGACACCGCCAUCAUUUACCCAGAAGCCCCGGAGGAGGUGACGCGCCUGAGCACGCCCGAGGCCGGUGGUCAGGAUGAGAGCGAACAUGAUCUGCCUUCCAGUGCCACAGAUGACUUCGCCCAGCUGCUCACCUGUCCGUACUGCGAGCGCGGCUACAAGCGGCUGACGUCUUUGAAGGAGCACAUCAAGUAUCGACAUGAGAACACAGAGGAGACCUUCACCUGCCUGCUGUGUGCAGAAACCUUCAACCAGAGAGCCCAGCUGGAGCGGCACAUGAUCACACACAAACCCACGGUGGACCAGCCACCGCUGCUCAGUGAGGGAGCUGCAAACCGCAAGUUCAAGUGCAGCGAGUGUGGAAAAGCCUUCAAGUACAAGCAUCACCUGAAGGAGCAUCUCCGUAUUCACAGUGGUGAGAAGCCAUACGAAUGCUCCAACUGCAAGAAGCGCUUCUCCCACUCAGGAUCCUACAGUUCUCACAUCAGCAGCAAGAAAUGCAUCGGCCUGGUUGCCCUUAAUGGACGAGUACGCAAUGGGAACAACAGCAAACCUGGCUCUUCUCCAAACUCCACAACAUCCUCACCUGGAAGCCCCGCCUUGGCUCACCUCCGGCAAAAACUAGAGAAUGGGCGCCUCCUUGGCCUGCAAGACCAGCAAGGUCAGGUGGACAUCAAAACUGAGCCAAUGGACUUUAAUGACUACAGGCUGCUAAUGGCUUCACAGCAUGGGUUUGGGGGACCAGGCGUCUACUUAAAUGGUCAUAGUGGAAGCCCACUGGCUAACCAUGGCUCUUCACAAAGCUCCUUUCAACAACUGGGUGGCAUGGGGAUUGAUCUCUCUCUGCUAGGAUACGCUGGACCUCUCGGGAGCAGCCUAAGUGAGGUACAGAAGGUUCUCCAGAUUGUGGACAACACUGUUUGCAGGCAGAAGAUAGAUGGAAACCCAGAGGAGCUGUCCAAACUUAGAGCCUAUAUGAAGGAGUUGGGUGCCCAGAUGGAGGCACAGGCCAGCUUUCAGGUGAUUGGCAGCAACAGUCCUACCAAGAGCAUCAUUGACUACACGCUGGAGAAGGUCAAUGAGGCCAAGAACCUUAUCAAUGACUCCAAGAUGCAAGUGGAUGUUAAGAAAGAGAAACCAAACCAAUCAGUUGAUCUCAGCGGUGAAGAAAAGUUCUCUGAUGGACAGAACCAAUUCCUGACAUUUUCUUGCCAAUACUGCAAGGAGAUCUUCCCUGGACCCAUCCCACUUCACCAACAUGAGCGCUACAUGUGUAAAAUGAAUGAGGACAUCAAACCAGUCCUGCAGCAUCUAGAGGGCAGUCCUGUUGGCUGCAGGGGGCUGAGGGCUGAUGAACUGUCCCGUACUGAGAGACCCCACAGCCCCACCAACGUUUUCAAGGACCACAUGUCAGUGUUAAAGGCUUACUUUGCCAUGAAUGCUGACCCUAACUCUGAGGAGCUGCUCAAGAUUUCCCUUGCUGUUGGCCUUCCUCAAGAACUGGUAAAAGAUUGGUUUUCACAAUGGAAAAUUCAAAACAACCACAUGGACAGUUUGAGGAAAAAGUUCCAGACUCCCGAGCGUGGGGGACCAGACCGCAGCUUGAGUCGGUCUCCAGUGUCCCUUCCUGUUAUAGAUUUACACAAUGGCUUUAUUAACACUGAUCCCACCCAUAGACUCACAAAGAUCAAUCAGUUUACAGCCAACAGGCAGACAAAGGGGGACAAACCAAUAGAUCCUGCUGAUCCCUUGAGGAGCAACACUUCGUCACCUCUAAACCUGUCUUCAACCUCGUCAAAACACUCCCAGAGUAGCUCUUACACUCCAAACAGCCUCACAUCUGAGGAUGCCCACGGGGAUACUCCUCUAGAUUUGUCGCUGCCCAAACACAUGGCACAAAAGCGACCAAAGCCAAAUGGCUUUAUCACCGAGCACAACGGCGAGGUGUCAGUACGUGAACAGGGUUCUGGAUCUCUAGGGCUGGCAAAGAUCAAGAAGGAGUUCUUGGGCUCGGACAGUGGUGGGAGCUCUAUCCAUCAGCUGGAGAAAAGCACCAGUCCAAUUUUUGGGAUUAAUCCCUUUGCUGGUGGUCCUGUGUACACCUCCUUGCCACCCCAUGGAGCUUUUCCUCCACCCACCUUCAUAAGUCCUGCUCAGGCCACCAUCCCCGGCCUCAGGCCCUACGCCGGUCUUGACCCCAUGAGCUUCCUGCCCCACAUGGCCUACACCUACGCCACAGGGGCUGCAACGUUUGCAGAAAUGCAGCAGAGAAGAAAGUACCAACGGAAAGCAGGUUUCCAGGGGGAGCUGCUGGACGGGACGGCGGACUAUCUGUCAGGCCUGGACGACCUGACAGACAGCGAUUCGCUGCUCUCCAGGAAGAAGAUUAAGAAGACUGAAAGUGGUAUGUACGCGUGUGACUUGUGCGACAAAACAUUCCAGAAGACCAGUUCCCUCCUAAGACACAAAUAUGAGCACACAGGUAAACGUCCACAUCAGUGUCAGAUCUGUAAGAAGGCCUUCAAACACAAACACCACCUCAUCGAGCACUCCCGUCUGCACUCAGGGGAGAAACCCUACCAGUGCGACAAGUGUGGGAAGCGUUUCUCCCAUUCCGGUUCGUACUCACAGCACAUGAACCAUCGCUACUCCUACUGCAAGAGGGAGGCCGAGGAGCGCGAGGCGGCCGAGAGGGAGGCCAAGGUGGGAGGGCUGGCUGGAGGACUGGAGCCCACCGAGUUGCUGAUGAGAAGGGCCUAUUUGCAAGGCUUGGGGCCUCUCGGAUACUCGGAUCCAGAGGAACAGCCGGAGGACGGCGGUGGUACCAUCUUAAGGGACGGAAGAGAGGGAGGAGGACAGGAGGUGGGAGGAGUGGACAAUAAGAUGUACGAGGAGGUGACAGAUGGACAGGAGGCAAGUUUCAGGAACAGAGAGGAGGAGGGUGACAGCAGGAGCCAGAUGGACUCAAUGAUGGAUGAAGGGGGCAAAGACUCAGCACAGCUGAUGGACACUUGUUCACGAGAAGGGAAGACAGACGGAACAUUGGAACAGGAGGACUGAUGGAGGAAAGAGAACCGGAAAGA